GUUAGUUGGAAACUUGUCAAAGCGACGACCUCUCUGUGGUCCAGUUAGAUGUCCAGCAGCAGGUGACUGAAGUUCCCCACCGAGCUAAUGAUUUAUGGUUUCACCAUGAUUUAUUGUUUGUGUUGCCUUCUUCUAGGUUGUAGCUUUGCAGUAAGUCAGGAAGUUAAAGUUGGGGCAGACAUUACUUUAAUGUGCAUCUACGACGCUGACUACCAUGGCAAGCUGCCAGUGUGCUGGGGCCGAGGGCCCAUCCCUAACAGGGGCUGCGCCAAUGAAAUCAUAAGGACGGAUGGAACGUCGGUUACCAGCAGACUAUCAGAGCGCUACCUGCUCAUGGGUAACAUUGAUUCGGGCGAUGUAUCGCUGACCAUCAGACAGGCAGCGGAGAGUGAUUCAGGUAUGUACGGCUGCCGUGUGGAAAUCCCAGGCUGGUUCAACGAUCGCAAACAUCAGAUGACCCUAACGGUGGUCCCAGCACGUCCUGAUGCUGUGAAGGUGGAGUUGCAGGAGGUAAAGGACAGAACCGUCACCAUUCGCUGGUCUCAUGCGUUUGAUGGUGGAAGACCUAUCAAAAGCUACAGGGUUGAACUCAAGAGCGAUAAGGCACAGUGGGAUGCUGUUGUAACACACAUCAUAUCAACUCCAAACGUGAAUCAAGUCACUUUGAUAGCCCUGAGCCCAGCAAAGUAUUACAACCUCCGCAUGUUUGCAAUCAACAGCCAGGGCGCAAGUGACGCCAGUAAUAUUCUCACAUUCACCACAGAAGAAGCAGCACCACAAGGUCCACCGCUAGAUAUGCGUCUCCAAGCGUUCUCGUCGACAAGCAUCAGAGUUUCAUGGAAGCCUCCUAGGAUGGACUUGAGAAAUGGGGUUCUUCAAAGUUACACCGUCAGCUACAGAGAAUACGAUCCUGCCGGCAGACACUUCAAACAAUGGCAACGUCAUAUUGUUACUGCCUCUGGGCCACAAGAGAGCCUCAUCUUGACUGGGUUGAAGCCUUCAACCCAGUAUGGUGUGAUCGUACAGGCCAAGAACAAUGAGGGAAUAGGACCUGCUUCUACUGCACCCCUCUGCUCCACUUUGGCUCAAAGUUCCGAGGCAACAAUGAGCGCACUCUUCACCGUUACAUGGCCGAUGCCCGACACCACAAGUUUAUUCCCAGAUCUCUCAACUCAAACAGCAUGGGAAAAAAGCACAGCAGUGCCCCCAGAUCCCCCUGUUGUUGAGUUGAAGGAGGUCAGAGACAACACAGUUUGUCUGUCAUGGAUCCCUGGGUUUGAAGGAGAUGCCCCAAUUUCUGGAUACUUUCUUGAGUAUAAAGAAUUUAAUGGCUCAUGGGAUUUCAUGAAGACAGUCGUUGACUUCAGCCCCAACCAGACAGAAGCCACCAUCAUAGAAAUAAAUCCUUCCACGUACAACAUCCGCAUGUUUGCCCAGAGCAGUCUGGGUACAAGUAAAGCCAGCAAUGUCCUUACCAUCACAACUGGAGACACAGCUCAUCUGCAGGAUGUUUUCUCCACAGCAACGCCUAUUAAUACUCAUGCUGCAACGAGCGCUGAGGAGGGCGGAAGCGGUCACCUUGCUGCCAUCGUUGUUCCACUCGCGCUGGUAGUGUUGUUUAUUGUAGCCAUGGUGACUGUCUGGUACUUUAGACGGUUUAAAGGGAAAAAAGGCAAUCUUAGCUUGUGGCUGAGCCGUGGAGCUGUACUUUACAGAGGUUCUGAGUCCAUGCAGGAGCUGUGAGACGUGCCCCCCAUUAGACAUAAAAAAUGUGUAUACAUGGAAAUCAACAAAAGAAAUUUUGUCAGUGCAAGACAAUACAAUGGAACUGAAAUAAAAUGCCCAAACUCAUCAACUGUACAGUACAUCCUGGUUCAUAUUCGUUGCUGGCAAUUUCGUCAGUUACAUCCAUAAGAUUUUUGGUCAAUGGAAGUU